GAAGGAAGGAAGGAAGGAAGGAAGAACGAAUUGAGCUUGUGCAGACACAGUGCUACUUAGUCUUCCCUAGCUGAAUGUCAAAAGUUUUUGCAGCAGAAGAGGCAACGUACGGGGAUCUAAAGCAGGGUUCUCAACCUUGGCUACCUGAAGAUGGGUGGACUUCAACUCCCAGAAUUCCUGGCUGAGGAAUUCUGGGAGUUGAAGUCCUACCAAAUGGCCCCGGUUGAGAAACAUGCUCUAAACAUGGCCACAUUCCAGUUGCAGAGAUGAGAAACAGUGGAGAGGAAGUUAAAUAGCUCUUGGAAACCUCACAAGGUUGUUGUUUGUGGGGACCAUGGGAAGUGGAAAACGUUUGAACUGUACAAAAUGUAGUGGUAGACAAUGGCAACAACAGUAGUAGAUGUGGCUGUAAGACUCUCCCAAUCUGGUUCAGUUGUUUACAAUUUGUAUUUGGGCACAUGGUGCAUUUUGUGUGUGGGUGGGGGGAGAAAGAGAAAGAAAGAAAAGAAAAGAAACAAAGAAACAGAGAUAAAGAGAAAGAAAAGCAAGCAAGAGAAAGAAAGAAGGAAGAGGUUAUCAUUUCACGCAAAUGUAAAGAAAUUAAAAAUAAAAAAGAAGAAAAGAGGGAAAGAGACAAAGGGAAAGAGAAAGGGAAUGGGGAAAGAAAGAAAGAGAAAGAAAGAAAAGAAAGAAAGAGAGAAAGAAAGAAAGAAAGAAAAAGAAAGAGAAGGAAGGGAUUAUCAUUUCAUAUUCAGGGGAUUAAAGUGUUUUUAAUCAUGUUUUUCAUUGUGCUUUGAUUUGCUUUUGUUAUUUUUCCUGGCCGCUCAACUGGCAAAUGCGAUGCUCAUCUAUAUUUCAUGGGCACAGAAUAAAUGAAUCAAUACAGCAUUUUAUUUUAUUUUUUUUGCCCUGGCGUCUCAUCCAUCAACCAACGUGCCACGCUCACUGCUUGUACAGCUAUGGGGCAUGCUCGGUAAAAUGUAUAUUAAAUUAACUACCCCUCCUCUCCCGACAUCCUGAGAUAAGCUUGGGCUACAGCAUCCAUCAUCCCUGGCCAGCCUGCCCCUGGGCAGUUCUGCUUUUUAAAAAAGUGGGACGGACAAAAUUUGGCUCCCCGUUUCUGGGUCUCUUAACCUGGCUGGGAUGAGUUUUGAGUCCUUUCCGAUUUGCUGAAGGGUUAAGUCGAGCAAGUUCUGCUUCCUAGAAAAGCAGUGGAAAUUUGAUUCACAACUGGGAAGGGAGGCAGGUGGGCAGGCGGUCUCCCCUUCUCCUCCCCUUCCCGCCCCGCCUCUUGCCUCCGGUGACAUGAGAAACUGCCUUUUGCUUCUUGGUCCCCAGUCUGGGAGCCAUCAAAGAACUGCAGCUGCAGCAGACACAAAGGCUGCAAGGCGGGGAUAGGCUGCAGGAAUUGGAGGAAACUCCUCUUUGGAGAAAGCUCCAAUGUGACCUUGGUCCUAGGGAUCUGCACCGGGUACUCCUACCAGAGUAGAGCUACAUUCUGCAAUAGAGCUGGAUUCAGAAGCCCAAAUGGAGGAACAGGAAACUGCUGGAGCUGAAUCCCAGGAGAGUUUGGAAGGCAAAGCACCAGACCUCCACGUGGUUCAAAUCGGGGCCACUGGGGAGUUGCUGGAGGGGGCUGUGCCCCCCCAGCAGUUUAAGCAGGAGCCCGAGGACCAAUGCUGGGAAAACCAAUUACAAGACUUCCUGAAGACCAUGCAGCCCUCCCGUUCGGGCUGGAGGAACCCCCGGUCCCCUCACUACAUGUUAGGGGAAGACUCCAAGUAUUGCCCAACCUCCUUUAAGAGAGCAGAAGAAGAAAACCAGUGGCCGAAAGUAGAGUGCAUAUCUGAAACCACACUGGGUGACAGUAAGCCCUACGGGAGCAGCCAGGAUUCAUCCGUGAAGGUGAAGGAAGAGGUCCUGGAUGAGGAUCCCAUCCACAUGGAGGUACGGCGACAACGGUUCCGUCUUUUCUGCUACGAGGAAGCCGAAGGGCCAAGGGAGGUUUGUAACCAGCUCUGGGAGCUGUGCCAUCAAUGGCUCAGGCCGGAGACCCACACCAAGGAGCAGAUCCUGGAGUCACUGAUUCUGGAGCAGUUCAUGACUGUCCUGCCCCCUGAGAUGCAAAGCUGGAUCCGGGAACAGGGGCCGGAGACCUGCACGCGGGCCGUCGCCCUGGCUGAACGUUUUUUGCAAGACUCUGAGGAGCCGGAGCAGAAGGUGUCAGGAACGUUAGAACAGGGGUUUAAUUCUCCCAAAUCGGAUCAUUCUUCGCCUCAUGUCCUGAAGGUGCAGCUCCCUUUGGAAAAGAAGCAGGAAGAUGAUUGGGAGGCCACUUUGUCAGGGAACGAGCAAGUGCAGGAGGAGGGAGAGGAGGAGGAAUCUUUCCCACCCAGCCAUCCUGAACCGACAAUUAGUGGCGGGUUAUCCCUGGAAAGAGCUGUAGGGAAGGGUUUCCAAGGCCCCGAGUCGGACGAGAAUCCUGAAGGUCACUCCGAAAGCCAUCCUGGAAAGGCGACCAAGCGCUUUGAGGAGAGCAGCAGGGGCGCCCGGGAAAGCUCCUCUCAGGAGGGGAUUCCCCGGCACGUCGACUCGGGGGAAAGUUCCGGCAAAAGUAUUGGCCCUCAGGAAAUUCAACCGAUGGAGAAACCUCACAAGUGCUCGUUCUGUGGGGCCAGUUUCUAUGAGAGAACUCACCUCAUCAUCCACGAGAGGAUCCACACCGGAGAGAAGCCCUACAAGUGCUCGGUCUGCGAGACGUGGUUCUCUCAUCCUUCCGAGCUGAUGCGGCAUGAGGAGACCCACAUGCCCGAGAAGCCGCACAAGUGUGCCGUCUGCGGCAAGAGCUUCAACCAGAAAGCCUCCCUCAUCACCCACGAGAGGACGCACACGGGGGAGAAGCCCUACGAGUGCUCCGAGUGCGGGAAGAGCUUCAGCACCAGCUCCCAGCUCAUCACCCAUAAGAGGGUCCACACGGGGGAGAAGCCCUACAGUUGCUCCUACUGCGGGAAGAACUUCAACCAGAAGGCCUCCCUGAUCACGCACAAGCGGACGCACACGGGCGAGAAGCCCUACGAGUGCACGCUCUGCGGGAAGAGCUUCAGCGCCUGCUCCCAGAUCAUCAACCACAUCCGGGUGCACACGGGAGAGAAGCCCUACGAGUGCCUGGAGUGCGGGAAGCGUUUCGGCAGCAGCUCCCACCUGACGGAUCACAAGCGGACGCACACAGGCGAGAAGCCGUACAAGUGCCCCGACUGCGGGAAGAACUUCAGCCGGAGUUCCAACCUUACGGCUCACAGCCGGAUCCACACAGGAGAGAAGCCAUAUAUAUGCUCAGGUUGCGGCAAGAGCUUCAGGCAGAAGGCCUCCCUCAUCACCCACAAGAGGACUCACACGGGGGAGAAGCCCUUCGAAUGCGCCGAGUGCGGGAAAAGUUUCAUUUCCAGUUCUCGUCUCGUCAGCCAUAAACGGGUCCACACGGGAGAGAAACCCUACGAAUGCUUAGAGUGCGGGAAAUGCUUUAUCUCCAGUUCUCACCUUCUAAGCCAUAAAAGGGUCCAUACGGGAGAGGAACCUUUGAAAUGCUCGUAGAACGGAAAGCGUUGCCGAUGUGGCACCGGGCUGGCUUCCAUGUGACUCUAGCGGGGAAUCCUAUAUCUCCAGGAUGGCGUAGCAACCUGUAGCUCUGAAGGCCGUUCCAUUUCCUCAAUGCACCAUUGAAAAGUUUUAAAAGAACUUUUUUUUUUUUUUAUAAGCCCAGGGAUGUUCCUGCAAGAUCUACUUUCUGGUUUUCUUGGUAAGGCCAGCUGACAUGCACUCUGGCCCUUAUGUAUCUCCGUGCACAUCAGCAUGUAGAAGAUGCAGGCUUGGCUUGCGUGAACAGUGCUCUCCGCUUCCCAAAAGAGGCAGAAGGGAUCGCCCAUGGAUGCAGGAUACUGACCAAGCUGGUGGGGCCACAAGCAUUGAGUCAAAAAAAGGUCUGUCUCACAGCGUCCCACAUGACAGCUCUGCCAGUCUCAGCAGAUGAAUCAGCCUUGCUAUAAGAUAGAGCAGGAUGGGCAACUAUAGCUCCUUUACAACCUGUAGACUUCAACUCCCAGAAUUCCUGAGCCAGCCAUCUAAUUCGUUGUGCAAACUGAUCCCAGUUCAGGAGCACUGCCAGGAUACAUGGGCUCUUGUAACUGCCCAGACUAGCUGCUCUGAGAGGGAACAAUGGCCCUUUUAUGACUUGUGGACUUCAACUCCCAGAAUUCCUGAGCCAGCAUGGCUCAGCUUGGAAACCCCUCCCUUUCCCCUCAGCAUGGCUGGCUCAGGAAUUCUGGGAGUUG